AUGGAGAAGCUCCCCGUAGAGAUCCUCUGUGAGAUUAUUGAUUACCUCACCCCACAUGAGCGGGUACAACUGCAAUCGGUAUCAAAGCGACUCUUUCUUGUCGCCCGUGACAAUAGUCUUUGGAGGCUCCACUGCUACGAAGAGUCAUGGAGUGCCGCGCGAGCCUCUCGUUCUGUGAACGGCCAUGGCGGAGAUAGGCCGGAGAGCCUGACCACCAACUCCACCGCACCGCUCAGUGCCUUGGGGCAGACAUCGCUUCGAUCCUUGAUUCAGCCCCAUGCUGGGAAUCAGGAGGAUGGUGCUAGAUCAUCAGACCGGGUGCCGUCCUUCGGUGUUCGAUCGCGAGCGGCCACGGAGUGGGACCCUUCCUAUGAGGGUGAAGAUGUGAACUGGUACUCAGAGUAUAUCGCUCGAAAUGGGCCCAUCUCGCUUAGCUGGUUAGAGCGACCGUUCACAAAGGCAGAAGGCCAAAGGAGGAGGAUGCAUCGCGAAGUGAAGGGACUGGGCUUGCUGCGAGACUGGAGCUCGGCCAGGGAAAACAGAGUCGUCGCACCCUUGGACGAUGGGAGCGUUUGCAUCUGGGAUCUCAACCACUCCCACUCGAUCGGCUCUCAGCAGACAAAGGGUAAGGUGAUUGGUGUCAGCGCCCCGGGCAUCUUGAUGACAGACCUCUCUGGCAGGCGGGAUCACACUACGGCAAAACAGUCCCUGGAAUAUGUGAACCUGGGGGAAUGUGUGAGCGUGGACUCCAUACGUCGAAGGGCCUAUCUGGCAGUAGGUAACGUGCUAAAUGAGGUUGAUCUGGAGACUUUGCGGGUAGUUUCUCAACAACGCUAUCCUUGGUCCGUGUUCGCCUUGUCUCAAGAAACCGACUAUUCUGUGCCGUUGACGCUUGCUACGACUUUGAGUCUGCACAUCUACGACGCGCGACUGUCAGCGAGUGAGGAGGAAGAGGCCAUAAAUCUGCGGUGUGAGGAGCCAAGCGUGUCGCUGGUUCCGAAGUCGCAGCUGUAUGCUCCGCCGGACUCGCCGCUUCUGCAACUGCAACCCGACGGCCGACCUCCGCAUCGUAUACGAAGUCCAGGCCCCUCACAGAACACCGACGAUUAUGCACCACUUUUCCAACCGGGGCCACUCUCACUUCUGCAUCCCCCAGCGCCGCACGUUCACUCGAUCUUCCUCGCCGGCCGCUUUCCUAGCAUUCUCCAGUAUGAUCGCCGAUUCUUUCCGCGGCUGCAGAACACAUUCCAUUCCGGUGGUCAGCUUUGUGGGUUAGCAGCCGUUCCCGCGCCUCGUUUUCCCAUUUCCGACUCGAGCAGCUUUCCAUCCUCACACAAGCUGGUAGCCUGUGGUGACUACAAAGGCAGGGGGUCCCUUGAACUAUACAACCUCGCGCCGUCCAGCGACAGCGACAUGACGAAUUCGUCCGGAUGCUCGUCCAUGGUAUCGACGAUGUACCAGAACCGACAAAGUGUCGCCAGAUCUAAGGUGCUGUCCGUCGAGUCCCACGGAACACGCAUCGUCUAUUCGGAUGGGGAUGGGAACAUCAAAUGGGUGGAGCGCGACGGGCGGUCGGAAGUCCGUCGCCUCAACAUCAAUACCGACCAACAUCAUCCUCCUCAUCAUCCCCGCCACCAUCGGCAUUAUCCUAAUCGGGCAAUCUCUUCUCACCAGCCCUCAAGCCAGACCGCGCAACACCCUCGAGCAGCAGACGGCGACACAGACCACCCCAGCGGUCUUUGGGGAAACCUCUCUCGAUCUCACAGCGAAGGUGACGUCGCCCGCAAGAUCCUCCCCACCGGCGGCAGCCUGACAGGUGACGAGCUCCUCUUUUGGACCGGUGAACAUAUCGGGCGGGUUCGAUUCUCGUCCGCCAGCCAUUCCAACGCCGACCUCGACGAGGAAGACGACGAGGAUAUCUUGAUGGACAUGAACUUGGAUGAUGCGGCUCGUGAGGAGCUCCGAGCCCAACGGCGUGAAUUACGCCAUCGCGAGCACGAAUACGCUAACACGAUGCGCAAAGCGCUGGAGAGACAAGCGGAUGAAGUCAGACGCAUGGGCGGGCUUGGCCUAUAG